AUGGCUGAAACAAAUCCGGAAUAUUUUAAUAGAGCUCAUUUGCCUUCAGUUAAAUUUUAUGAUAUGCUUAAUUAUGAUAGACUAAGUUUACUACCUAAAGAUUUUUCGUACUGUAAAGGAUUUUCUGGUAGUUUCGUUAAUCCAAAAAAAGUUAAAGAGAUUUGUUCAAAAUAUGUAACUUAUUUAACAAAACAAAAACAAAUAAGGCAUCAUAAUAGUAGCUUUAGUGAGCACUGUAAUCUGAUAAGCUAUUGGGUAUCAGAAGAGCUGUUAAAAACACUUGAAAAUGAUGAUCGGAUGUGUUCUAUAGCAUUCGGCCAAAUUCAACUUAUGUGGAGUAAUGCUUAUGGAACUUUGAGUGAAUCAAGUGAUAUCAAAUGUUUACCCUAUAAUUCUAUUCUUAGUUAUUACCAUAUUUGGGAAAAUACUAAAAAACUCUAUGAUUACUAUGUCGAUUAUAGUUACCUUUAUAGUAUCGCUAGUAAAUGUAGUGGAGAGUGUGAAAAUUUGUGCACGUACCUCAAAGGAAUAACUGAUGCAUAUGACUCUUUUAAAGGUCGUUGUCGUAAUAGUAAUAAAACUAUUUGUCCAAUUGCUGAUAUUAAAUAUGAAGAUUACGAUCCGAAAAAAUUGAUGGAUAAGGCUUCAUGUUACCCAAAUAAUCAGGAAUCUCUUAGUGAACCAGGUUCACAUGAAGAACAGGCAUUAAUGGGUCCUGAAAAUAAUUCAUUAGACGAUACUGCAUUACCCCCAAAUGAUUAUUAUCAGAAUACUGAAUCAAUAAGUAAUGAAACUAAACAUCUAAGUGCAUUUGGUAAUUCCUUUUUAGGAUUAGUUCUAACAUCCAUGCUAUUUGUUGUUUUAUAUAAAUAUACACCCAUAGGAAAACAGUUUCAAAAUAAAUUUCCAACUUUAGCUAAUAUGAUUAACAAAUUAAAUGGAAAAGAAAAAGGUAUAUUUACCUAUAGAUCAGAAACGUUUAGCCCAUUUCGAGAAUAUUUAGAAGAGAAUUAUAUAGAAUAUAACCCAGUAUAA